GGAGAGAGAUCGAGAGAGUGAGAAAGAGAAGAGAGGUAACAGUCUGGGGAAGCAGAGUUUUCGUGCUCGAUACUCCUCAUCCUGACGUUCCCGUUCAGUUCUCGUAACCGCGCCGAUCGGCCAGGAGGUGUCCAGUGAACUUCCGUCGACCGACAUCCCCGGUGUCGCUACCGAUCUCUUCGUCUUCUUCACGCAUCGUUUCAUCUUCCGGUCGAUCAUCAUGUCGAGCGAAUUCCUUGGAAAACGUUACAAGCUUUUCAGCAGCGAGAAUUUUGACGAGUUCAUGAAGGCGCUCGGCGUGGGUAUGGUGACACGGAAAAUGGGCAGCAGUGUCAGUCCCGUCGUCGAAUUAACGGAGAAGGAUGGAACGUACACUCUGAAAACAACCAGUCCAUUCAAAAACACCGAAAUAAAAUUCAAGCUCGGCGAGGAGUUCGACGAGGAAACCGCGGACGGCAGGAAAGUGAAAAGCGUCUGUACUCUGGAGGGUAACAAACUCGUCCAGGUGCAAAAGGGAGAGAAGGACACUACGAUCGAAAGAGAAUUUUCGCCCACAGAGAUGAAAGCGAUCAUGAAGGUCGAUGACAUAGUCUGCACGAGGGUAUACAAGCUUCAGGAAUAGAAGUUCAGUUACCAAAACUGAAGGCGUGCACAAUCCCAUGCAGGUGCUUCUAAAAGUAUCGAAGAUAAGAAUAUAUAAAUUAUUGUCUGAAAUCUGGUUUAAGAGAGCAAAUAAGAUAGUACACGUUGACAUAGAAUACCGGAUUGUAUAAGCUGAAUGUAAUUCUUGUUGAAAGUAUUUAACUUUAAAAACUUACAAAAAAUACAAUUUCCUAUAAAGUUAAAAUUUACAUAUUUACGAAUUCAUGCGUUCGCAAAAAAUGUAUAUUAAAUAAUAGUCGAAGCAUAAAUUAGCUAUCUGCGUUGUGCACAUUUUCUAUUUAUGUAUCGCGUGUUACGUAACAAAAUGUGUAAUACCGUCAAUGAAUUAUGUUUCAUGUACAGCAGUUGCUGUUAUCCUAUGAAUGUUUGCUUUUUUUCUACAAAUAAUAAUGACUAAUGGAA